CCAGCGAAGCAGCGGGGAACCAUUUGCUUCUCGGCCGCUCUUCCUCUCCAAACCAAGGGACCAGACCCUCUCGGCCUCGCGGCAGCCCGCUCGAUCCCGGGCUCUCUCGCCGUCUUCUGGCGUGAUGGGGGACACGAGGCCGAGGGCGGGGGAAGCGGACGAGAGCUCGCCGAAAGCGAAAGCUCCGCGGCUGGACUUGCUGGCUCUGGCUGCGGCGGCGGCGCCGGAGGUGAGCAAUGUGUGGGAGGAAUGGCCGGAGGGGACCAGCGACAACAAUUGGUGCAAUCACGCCCCCACUGACAGCGCUCACAACGAGAUGUUGGGUUCGUCGUUGCUAUCCGAGGACGCAGGGACGUGCGAGCGUUGCCGGCACGAGGAGGGGUCCGGUAAGUGCCGGCCCAAGAAUAGCAGUAUCUUGGUUUGCCUGGAAUGCGGCCGGCAUUUCUGCGCUGGGGUUUGGGCAUCUUAUCGCCCAUAUGGGCAUGCUCGAGAUCACGCCAGGCAGAAGCAGCAUUGAGUUGCUGCGCUAUUCGAUGAUCCAGAAUCUGGAUUCUGCUUCAAGUGUGAGUCUGAAGUGGAUGUCACUCCAGAGGUGGAAAUGGCGGGCAAAAUUCAGGCAGGUGGUCAUGCGUUUGGAUUUGAUGAUGUCCCUGAUCUUAUCAGAGGGUUACCGAAUCUUGGAGACACAAGGUAUGGCCAUGCAUUCGGAUUAACUAAUGGGCAAGGUUAUGCUAUCAGAGGGAUACCGAAUCGCGAAAACACAUGCUACGUGAAUGCAAUGGUGCAGUGCCUCCUUGCGCUUGAUAAGCUGCAGGCAAUGAUGUUAGGACCGGAUGCUCCGUCGGGUCACCUUGGCCUGGCACUAAAGGAGCUUUUUGAGGAGAUAAGCGCUGCAGAUGCUGUAGGAGGCAUGCUGGACCCAAAUAAACUCUUGAGAAGUGUACGCUUACAUGCUGACAAGUACAAAGGCUAUAAAAUGCACGAUAGCCAUGAACUGCUUGACACCUUGCGCGAUGCUUUGAAUAACGAGGAAAAUGAAAUUGAGACUGCUAACAGGCAAAAAGGUGCUCCUACAGUUAUUGAUUCCAUUUUCAGGGGUGAGCUGUCUGAUACACUGUCGUGCAUAUGUUGUCCAUCUAGUUCGGUUUCCCAUACUCCUUUCUGUGAGCUUUCACUGGCACUGCCACCAAAGGGGCAUCCAUCCAGAAGUACUGCAUCACCACAAACAAGCGAGAGUCUCAAAUCUCAACCGAAGAAGGCUGCUACUCAAUUAUUUCCAGUAAAUGAGGGGAGAAACUCAGAAAAGAUCCAAACAGUUGCCAAAAGCUGUGAUUCUCAUCUUCUUGGUUCAGAAUUGAAAGAUGUGGUCGUGGAGAAAACACCUGAGCCUUUGAAAGUUGGUGAGUUUAUGCGCUCCUGCACCCAUUCAAAGGUCCUGACUACAGGUUUUGGGGAUGUUCUAAUGUCCUAGACCACACCACUGUUGAGGAACCAGAAUGCAGGAAACUGUGGAACACUCUGACACUACCAUUCUUAUUGGCUAUUUUGAUCAACAUAGAAAACAAGUGUCAAUUUUUGGAAUGGAUCUCCUACACUUGCUAAAUGAAGAAAAUUGUUUAAGGACCCUUUACACACAUGGACUGAAGAAAUUUGAGGAAAAAACCUUCAAGAUGUGCAUAAAAAAGUGAGCAAGAUGUUCGGCAGUAUUAAUGUGGCAAUACUGUUUGCUGUAGUGUAGUAGUUAAAACUGCCACUAGGAUAUAGCUCGCAGUGUCUAUUCCUUGUCUUCAUAUAGUAAAUGUCGCUGGAAAUGGUUGCUUUUCUUAAUCAUGUGUGGGGAUUCUCGAAAAGAAAGCUACUUCAAAUGUGGAGGAUAAAGAUCCUAAAAAAUAUGUAGAGGAUGACAGUUACUUGUUUCAUGAUAUCGCUAUUGCAGGUGAAAUUAAGUAUUAUAUGCUCGGUUAUUCAGAUUCUACCGAAGCGCAACGUAUCUGGCAAAGCAAGGAUGCUAUACAGGGUUCUUUGCAGGCUCAGGAGGAUAAAAUCUCAUGUUCCAAACUUUCACAAGGGAUCAUCGAGGCGCCUCAUAACAUGUCUGAUGUCAAAGUUGAGCAAAUGAUUGAGACGACAACAGAUUCCCACAGUCAAGAAGAUAUGGAUCCACCUCCACUUGUUGCUCCGCUAAGUGAAAAUAAUGCACGGAUGGCAUCAGGCAGCAAUGUAGAUCAAAAUGACAAUGCCGAUCCUGGUGAUCUAUUCAAUCAGCCGGAAGUUAGUAUAGAAGCCGAGGAGAACACUUACACAGUACAAGUCAUUGCAGAAGACAAGGGAAAUUCUUGGAGUAGAGAUAUUGUAUGUGAUAAGGAGGUAGGGGAUAGCAAUUCUGUACCAUCAAUUGAGGACUGUCUAUCAGUGUUUUUUGAAGAACAAGUGAUAGAACGGCGCUGUGAUGAUUGUCCCAAGGUUCCUGAGAAGCCAAGUACCAAUCAAAGUCAAAAUAGUGAGCAUAUGGUGGCAAGUACCCAUGAAAACACCACAGCUGAUGGGGACCAGACUGAACAGUCAGACAGGACAGCAUGCCAAAAUGAGCAAUCUGGUGAACCAAACAGUUUGUCAGUAGAAUGCAAAGCUUCUUCAAGUAGGCAACCACAUAGUUCUGACGCAGAGGGUGAAAUUAUACAAACAGCGGAUACAAAUACUGAAGGAACAAAUUCAUGGAUGAGUUGUGGUGAAAAAGACUCUUCUGCUUGCAGCACAACCAAUAAAAAACCUGAACGUCGUGAAGGUAUUCAAGAAGCUAUAAGUAGUUGCCUUCCAGCUGAGAAACAGGCCAAUCUGUUGAGCACCCAGCACAGUCAAAAUCUCAGCACACCAAAUCAGGACAGGAGGAAGCGGGUAUGGCUGGAUGUUAGUUUAAGCCAAUUAAAAGACAACCAAAAUGAACAGAGAGAUAGGAGUGGAUGUGCUAUUCAAACAGCUCGUAUUACCAAGCUGCCACCUGUAUUAACUCUUCAUCUUAAGAGGUACAUCCAGGGUGACAAUCUUCACCAUCAUAAAAAUGAAGCACAUGUGAGUUAUAAGGAGUAUCUUGAUGUAGGACGAUUCAUGGACCCCAGUUCCGUGGACAAAGAUAACCCCAUCUAUCGUCUAGUUGGUGUCGUAGAGCACCGUGGCCCCUCCUUGGAUGCAGGACACUAUGUUGCUUACGUGAGAGCAAGAAGGCUUGGAAAUCACCAACUUCAGAGCAGCUGCUCCUCCUCAUGGUUUUGUGCAAACGAUAGUAACAUCAGUGAAGUCACUCUAGAAGAAGUUUUGAAGUGCGAGGCUUAUGUUCUUUUCUAUGAGAGGAUGGAAGGCCACGACACGUCUGGCAAAAGAUCCCACAUAUAAUCAGAGUAACAGUCACCAAACAAGCAGAUGACUAAGAUUACCAGACCUUCGGGUUGCCAAAGAUUCAGUCAGUGUACAUAGUAACGUAGGCUCUUGAUCAAGUCCAUUUAUGUUGCCGGCUUCAAAUUGACUGAUACGUGUACCAAAUUGGAGUUUUUUGGCUGGUCUUCUUGACUCAGCUGAUUCAUAUCCGAUUGUUUUUGUCUUUUAGGAUCGAACUAUGAAUGGAAUGGGACACGUGGCAUUGGUCAGAUUGUUUAAUUGAUCGUACAGGCCUUGUAAGGUUGUGUUGGAUGGUACUUUUACAUGCUAAUACUUU